CAUUUUAAACUGUAGAAGAAGAAAAAGUCACAAAAAGGCAAAAAGGGGCGUCUAAUAGUCCGCCAUGCUUUCUCUCCUGCACCUUGGUGGUCGGUGCAUUGCUCUCAGAGGAGUUCAGAGCCUAAAUAGACGUUAUUCCUCCUCAGAGAUGGCUAAACGAGUGGCGGUAGUGCUGGCAGGCUGCGGAGUUUAUGACGGCAGUGAGAUCCACGAAGCCUCUGCUGUGUUGGUCCAUCUGAGCAGAGGAGGCGCUAGUGUGCAAAUGUUUGCUCCCAACAUAGAGCAGAUGCACGUGGUGAAUCACCUGAAGGGGGAACCAUCUCAAGAGAGCAGGAACGUGCUGGUGGAGAGUGCGCGGCUGGCCCGUGGAAAUAUCAAGGAUCUGACUGAACUUAGUGCUGAAAACCAUGAUGCUGUCAUCUUUCCAGGCGGUUUUGGGGCAGCUAAGAACCUGUGCACGUGGGCAGUGCAGGGGAAAGAUUGUACGGUAAACGACCAGGUGAGAGCUGCUCUGCAGGCGUUCCACAGCAAAGGCAAACCCAUCGGACUCUGCUGCAUCUCACCUGUCCUGGCUGCCAAGGUGUUCCCUGGGUGUGAGGUCACAGUGGGCAUCGAGAAGGACAGCAAGUAUCCAGAUACGGCAGACACUGCCGCAGCCAUCAGCCAGCUUGGCUGCAAACACGUGAGCAAGAGUGUCGCUGAAAGCCACGUGGAUGAGAAGAACAAGCUGGUCACCACCUGCGCCUUCAUGUGCGAUGCUCCGAUCCACGAGAUCUUCGAUGGCAUUGGAUCAAUGGUGCAGGGCGUACUGAAACUGGCCUGAGACAAAGAGGACUAUAGAAAUAUGAAGCUUUAUUGUUGCAGAGACAAAAACCCUACGUAUACGCCUAAAACCUGUGAUUUUGUGGUAGUUCUGACAUCUACGUGGUGUGAUUUUCUGGCUUAUCUACCAUAAUUCUCACACUAAUGCACUGAUUCAUCAUUUUCCAUCCAGAUUUAGAGAAUUCCUAAGCUGUGAGCCCAUUAAAAUAAAGGAAAUCAGA